AGAAUACACUCAUAGUGAGUGCGGACAGCGGUCGGUGUUAAUUCGACAACACGGUUUUAUAGCGCCUGUCAGGAACCGACACCGACCUGAAGGAAACCAUACACAUCAGAAAGUCUAGCGUUUCUCAAGCUGUUAAAGUAUUCAUGGAGAGUGUCGCCUUCACCUCAAGCAGGCGCAGGUUACUUCGAGAAGGACUGAAAUUUCAUGCUGGGUCCCAAUUUUCUCGGCUGGCCAAACCGUGAACAUAAAUGCCUAGGACAGAGAGGACGCCACGAACUUCCAAUGUGAUGCAUCUUUACGAUAGGAAAAUUACUCGACUAAGAUGGGUAAUAAGCAAACGAUAUUUACUGAUGAACAGCUAGAUGCCUAUCAGGACUGCACCUUCUUUACCCGCAAGGAAAUCCUUCGUUUGCAUGGAAGAUACCACGAACUGGCUCCACAUUUGGUUCCCAUGGACUACACCAAUGACCCCGAUGUUAAAGUCCCUUUAGCUCUCAUAGUCAACAUGCCAGAACUGAAGGAGAACCCAUUCAGGAAUCGAAUUGUGGAAUCAUUCUCAGAAGACGGCCAGGGGAACCUCAGCUUCAAUGAUUUUGUGGACAUGUUUUCGGUUCUCAGCGAAAUGGCCCCCAGAGAACUAAAGGCCAUUUAUGCUUUUAAAAUAUAUGACUUUAAUGUGGACAAUUACAUCUGCAAGGAGGACCUAGAAAAAACUUUAAACAAGCUUACGAAGGAAGAGUUGACACCGGAGGAGGUUGUUCUGGUGUGUGAGAAGGCCAUCGAGGAGGCUGACCUGGAUGGAGACAAUAAACUCUCCUUUGCUGAUUUUGAAAACAUGAUCUCUAGGGCUCCUGACUUUUUAAGUACCUUUCAUAUACGAAUCUAAAAUGCCUAUAAUGAAAGACAACGCAGAUGAUCUCGGAGCCUGAAUAGACGUGUCCAAUUCAGAGGAUGAAUGUCUUCAGUUGUUUUCCUUUCGUUUCAAACCCGGAAGCACACUUCGGAUCGGAUUACUGACAAAUGCCUGACUGUUUUUCACCGAUGGAAAACUUCAAACGUUGGUCCAGAAAUCCUGUUGCAUUCUUGGAGAGAGGAAACAGCGGAACGGCGAGGCCUUCCCCGGGUCAUGGAGUAAAACUAUAUGGCAUAAAAUGGGCUUUUACAAAUGUUCUUCUCAGUCUUAAAAUGUCUGUGGCACAUCGGACACACUUUAAACUCACUCUCCCCCUUCUAAAGACUCGUUUUUGGAUUGGAGUACAACACAGGACAUUGUUUAUCCAAAAAUGGAUGGAGGACAAACCAGAGAUGGAACCAGAGAGUGAGAGAGGGCUACAAGCACAGCACUGGCAUUAUCGUCAACAAGACAGCGUUUUUACAGCUAUGCAAUCUUUCUCCAUUAAAUGCAUGAAUAAGAUUAUGUUCCCCACCUUUUCCUGUUCCCUGACACACCUGGUACCAACAGCUUUGCCAUUUCAAACUCUAUAAUCGCUUAUUGAACUGGAGCAUGACGACAAUCAUAUCUAAAUGUUCUCCAGUUAAACGAAGGGCUCUGUUAUCUUAUAUUUCUCCUAUUGUCUUAUACUCUUUAUGUAUUCGUUUAGUCCGCGAAUCCCUGUGUUCCCUCUGUCCUAACUUGAAGUAUUAUCGUCUCUUAACCUCUGACUUUUUUCAGUAUUUGAUGUGAUAGAGGGCAUUUGACUUAACUUUUAAUAAAAGUUUUCUGUUGAUUGUUGA